CCAGCUCUUUCGCUCCAAAAAUGAUCUUCGGCGCACCAAUACAGAGAUGUGAAUAAGUUCAAGAUAGUAAUCCGCCUUUUCGUCCAGAUCGACAUUUAACUCAUUCAGUGAAACCUGAAGUGUUUCCAGAUUAUUGAGCUGAGUAGAGACAGCUGUCUGAGAAAUCCGAACUUUUUUUUUUCUGUGUGAAAACUUUGAAACACUCAACCGAUGCAGAAUUAUGUAAAUUAAUUUCUGACCUCAUCCGCUUCCAAACCGGAAGUAAAUAUGGAUUAUCUCUUGCCAGAUCAACGGGGAAGCCCCAACAACGGACUUUGACUGUUGACCCAUCCUUUGACAGCUAUUUAAGAAGUUCCUUUCUAUUUUGGUUCAACAGUCUCUGACAGCAUUGAGUUAUAUCUAGUCGGCUCCCCAGGUGUUACUAUUUCUCAGACGUGAGCCAGCUGAAAGCUCGCAAACAUCAGCGGGAGAUCCAACUGUUCUGUUUGUCAGAUCUGAGAAAUAUGCAUCCUGGAAAAGCUGGUAUAGUAGUACUCAGGUAGAGGAUCCCAAAGGGCUUGACGCUGCAUUCACAUGCACAUUCACAGUAAUCGUGGCAAGACUGUAACGCACCGGCUCCCUCAGACCACUACCUGUAGGCAAAAAGAAGGAGUAGACUAAUCCACAAUAUGUGUUGGUGUUUGCCUGUUAUCGUGGGUUUCCUGUUUGUGGCCCUCCCGUACUUUGUCUGUUUUGUGACCCAGUGGUUCUGUGGGUGGCCAGACAAGCCUGGGUACAAAAAGUACAUAGAAGCUCUAAAUCCAAGGCGGAUAUACCAUUUGACCUUUGCUACGUUGGAUCUUCUUAAAUACUUUCAGUAUUGGCAACUGUAUUUUCAGAUUAAGUCCUGGUAUAGAAAUGAGGAGAACACUAAGUACUACAAAAAGGACAUUGUUUAUGGGCGUCGAGGCAACAAGCUGGACUUGUUUUAUCCCCCCAUACAGAAUAAAUUUGAGUUUCCACCUCUGGUUGUAUUUAUCUAUGGCGGUGCAUGGAGCGCUGGACACAGAUCCAUUUACUGUUUACUGGCAAGGCAGAUGGCUGAAGAACUGAAUGCAGCUGUUGUUUGUCCAGAUUACUGUACUUAUCCAAAGGGGAAUGUUCUAAUGAUGAUUCAAGAUAUUGCCGACUGUCUGAUAUGGGCUCAAGAAAACGGGCAGAAGUUCAGCUUUGACAAGGACAACAUUGUUUUAGUUGGCCAUUCAGCAGGUGCUCAUUUGGGUGUAAUGACCACACUAUUUCUCCUUGAUACACGAGAGGAGCUGGUUAUAGAGUCAAAGAAACAGCAGCAGAUUUUACAGUCAAUACGAGGAGUUAUUGGGAUGAGUGGUGUUUACAGCAUUAUGGACCAUUAUGAGCAUGAGAAGAAGCGAGGAAUUGAAUACGUCUCUUGUAUGUCAAGAGCCAUGGAUGGGGAGAAAAACUUUCCAUACUACUCACCAGUGCACAUAGUACAGAACCUUAGUGAAGACAAGCUGAGCAGAGCUCCACGGUUCGUUUUGCUUCACGGGAAUUGCGACAUCGUUGUUCCGGUUGAGUCUUCCACAAAGUUCUACAAGCUCCUCUCUUCGCUGUCCGGAAAGGUGUCGCUCCACCUGCUUCCUACCGUCAACCACACUGAGAUGGUCACUGACCUCAUGCUGUCAAGCGGGCGCUUCUACCAUCCGAUCUUCAGAUGCAUCGAACGCGAGUUCAGGAAACUCCUAGCCCUAAGCAGUGUUUCCUUUUCACGCUGCAUUCACCACAGACAGCCAGUGCGUCUCAGAGUUCAGCACAGAAAACGUCCUUCAUCACCUGAGCCACAGCUGCCUGUUAUGAAAUCAAGACUGAAAAAGAUUAGCUGAAUACAAAGUGAGGUCAAACUUCACAUAUCAACUGUUUUAUUAAGAGACGUGCAUAUGAUACUAUGUAAAAAUAUUACUGUUAUUAUUAUUAAUAAUAUUAUUACUACUGGAGUCAAAUUGCAGAAGCAGUACAGAUGCACAACAUUGAUCAUAUUAUUUGUUGUGUUAAAUAUAAUUUAUUUUGUAUGAUAAAAUCGACUUGAAUGUUGUGAUGUUUAAUUUAAUAAGAAUAGCAUAACAGUUAUUGAUAUUAAAAAGCACCUUAAAAUUUUUUGAAGAUAUUUGUUUUUUUAUGGGUUGUUUUUUUCUGUGGUCCUUCACAUUUAUGUGCAGUUAAGCUCAAAACUGUUGAUACCCCAUGCAGAAUUAGUUUUAAAGUAAAGUUUUAAUUUGACCGACAUGUUUCUUCUGACUUGAAGUAAUAUUAAUGUUUUGGAGCGGCCCAGCCAGAGUGCGUUCUUGAAUCUUGUGCUAGGGUGAUGGCAAGAAGAUCAUCCAGCCUCAACAAUUUGGAGUUUCUUAUGAAAUCAAAAUACCAGUGAAAAAAUACAAAAAUAAGGUGCGCAAUGAAUGCUUUGAUUACUGUGACACCAAUAAAGAUUUUUUCCGUA